CAAAAGCCCCCCCUCAAAAUGGGCAAGUGGUUCAAAAGCCCCCCCACUAAAAAAAUAAAUACAUAUAUAUAUAUUUUUAUAACAUUUUUUUUAAAUAUUAUGAUGAAAUUUAAUAUAACCAUUAAUAUAUAUAUAUGUUUUUUUCAAUGGUCACUUUUUUUAGUUUACAAAACUGUUCAAUACCGUUAAUUAAUGUAUAACAUGUACAGUACUUUUUUACUUUUAAAUUUUCAAGCAAUUUUCUUCGAAGCAAUAAAAAAUAUAUUUGUUUUAUUGUCAUUUUUUAGGCGAUUGGUUUACUCAAUUUGGCAAUAUUUUAUCAUUAAUUACGAUUGACAUUUUAGCUAAUAAAUAUUCAUGAGGUAUCAAUUAUUUCAAUAAUCAGUGAUGAAUGUGUUAACUAAGCUUUGAAUAAUUGCUGUUUUAUGAUUUUAUGUUGUUAGCUGUGUCAGAUAAUGAUAUUGAUUGUUUCUUUGAUCUGCUAUUGAUGUACCAAUUAUUUAAUUACAAACAUGGCCAUGCUAACCUGCUAAUUAUAAUUAAAGAAUUAACUACAAUUUAUUAAAGUUACAUCUUUGAAUUCUGUGUAACAUCAAACGAGCAACAUCAAAUAAAUGGUUUUCACAAGUAAGCAAACUGAAAAUUUCUUUAUAUUUUCCUGUGUAUAAAAUGGCUUUAGAAUUCUGUAUCAUCAUUCACUUUCCAACUUUUCAAUCGUGUUCUCAUGUGUGUUUGUUAUCAUGGAAUUAAUUAAGAAUAACAGUGGUGGACUGAAAUUGUGUUUAAAUGGAUAUAUGUAUACGAAGAAGAACACCAAGAAGACAUCCAUACGCUGGGAAUGUUCUCAGAAACGUGGACUUGACUGUCUCGGAGCUGUCAAUACUGACAUAGAGGUACAAACAGUUCUAUCCUCAAAAGACCACAACCAUGAGGCUGACUUUGACAAGAUUGAGGCGACCAAAGCUGUCAAUGUGAUGAAAAACGGGGCUAACAUCAGCCGAGGACGCCCUCAACAACUUGUAGUUGACGUGCUACAACCACUACCUGUGGAAGUCCGGGCAGCAGCUGGGACAACAAAUGCAGUGAAACACAGCUGUGACGUGUGUCUACGCUCUUCUGCCUGGAAAAUCCCAAGAAAUCUAUGA